CAGUUUGAUUUAUGUUUUCCUCUUGAUUUUCGUUUGCCUUGAUUGCAGUGUAUCUUUCCUUACGCAUUUUGCUUUGGCUCCGGUGUCGAAUUGCUCGAAUUACUCAUACCGUUCUAUCCUUAUCAGUUUUUCACGCAGCGUGAAAAACAACACUUAUCGUCCGUGUCGCCUUUGACGAUUGUACUUUCAGUGCGGUUCGGCUUCAUCUGCCAGCAGUUUCUCCGAUCGUGGAGGGGGUUCAGGAGAUAUAGCCGUCUGUUGGAGAAGGAAUAGCACCGAGCACGAUGAUAGCUGAUAAGGAUUCGUUGUCAUCACACGAAGAAGUUAUAUUGCAGGCAGCAAGCCGAAAAGUUAAGCGCUCUGCGUCCAGUCUAUACUAUCAGUCUUAAGAAGUUCUCCGCCGAUUGCGGUUGUGAUCCGGUGCCUGUUUCAAUUGGUUCUUGUUACCGUUGUGGAGUGGAUACAGAGGAUAUCUUCUGUGAGGCCUAGGAAAAUAGUGAAAAGCGGUGAAAAUGGAUGAGUUCGCCCUGUGUUGGAAUAAUUUUGCCGACAAUAUAGCCAGUGGCUUUCAGAAUCUGUACGACCGUGGUGAUCUGGUCGACGUGACUAUCGCCUGCGAUGGAAAGCUGCUAAAGGCACACAAGAUCGUACUGGCCAUCUGCAGCCCGUACUUUCAGGAUAUGUUCAUGACCAACCCAUGCAAGCAUCCGAUUAUUGUCCUGAAGGAUGUAUCGGUGAAUGUGAUGCAAGAGCUGCUGCAGUUUAUGUACCAGGGAGAGGUCAAUGUUAAACAUUCCGAGCUGCAAAGUUUCAUGAAAAUUGCCGAAACAUUGCAAAUCAAGGGCCUGACGGCAUCCCACAAAAGCGAUCGCAGCGCCACACCGCAAACUUUGCCCGCACCAGCGCAUAGCAACAACAGUAGCAACAGUAACAACAACAACAACAACAUCAUCAACAACAGCAACCGUCUCGCGUUGAAAGAUAUCGUAGGACCUUCGACUAGUCAGCUAGAUCCAUCGAAACUGAACUCCUACUUGGCAGCUGCAGCGAAAGAAAGUCUAAAACGAGCGGCCGAUAAUUCGUUUCCACCGUCCGAUCCGUACCCGCUGCACUAUCCAAAGAAAGCACUGAAACGCUCCACGGACAGCAUCGAUCAGGAGAGCAACUCGGACUGUAUGGAUAAUCUCAGCUCGGACGAGGUGUUCAUCCCGACAUCGCCGCAAAUUUCCAUGAUCGAACAGUCGUCCUCGUCCGGUCGGCAGUUUGAUUUGUCCAGUGUGAAACGGGAAAAUACCAACGAUUCGUCGUGUUCACCCCAGCAGAGCCCUACCAAUCUGGCCACUUCGGCGGCGGCCAUGGGAGUGGCAGCAGCGGCCGGUAUGAAGCUAGGCUUUGCCAGCACACCGACCCAUCAUCCGGCACUGCAUCCGAUGUUCGGAGCCUUCGAGCACAACAAUUCCAGCUUCAGUGGGAUCGCCAGCAGUUUGGCUUCGAUUACCGGGGCCGUCAGUGGCACGGCUGCUGCUGCUGUUGCUGCUGCUACCGGUAGUACCGGGUCUGGUAGUGGGAAGACAAGUUCGUUGGACUUUUCCAAUGAAUACCCGCAGGAUUUCGGCAAGGGUGGCAUCCUUCCCGGACACAUGGACAUUCCGGCAGGUUCGAGUAUCACGAUGCUCUCGUCAACCUCGCUACUCCACAACAGUUGUAUCUUUAACCGAAACAAUACGGUGGCCACUCAGCAGGGUCUGAAGACAUACUGGCUCUGCAAAUCGUACCGCGUGUCGAUGUGCCGUGCGCGCUGUAUUACACACCAUGGACAAGUGAUUUCUUCCACCGGAGUACACAAUCAUCCGCCACACAUGAAGGGAAGCCCGCACGACUUCCAUCAACAGCCACCGCCACCACCACCACCGCCAUUACCUCCUCCACCAGCACCACCACCACCGCAACCAUCAUCGUCUAACAAUGGUCUUCCUCAUCAUGCUUCCCUUAAUCAUUACCCUGGUGAGGGCAUUGGCAGCACUGCAAUGGUGAAUUCCAACGGCAGUUACCUGCAUCAUACCCAUUAUCAUCCAAACACAAACCAGCCACCGAAUUCGAUGGGGCCACCACCUCACGAUCAUCAUCCCCAUCAUCAUCAGUUUCCUCAAACUCAGCACCAUCAGCCCUACGGUCACCACGAAAUGUCCGGCAACAAUCAUUCUCAGUCUUACCAACCGUACGACCCGCACGUCAACAUGCAACCUCCCUUAAUCCAACAACAUCCUCCUGUAUCAGCACCACCACCACUACCACCAUCCGUUCCUCAAGCGCCACCAGCAGUGCAAAACCCAUCACCCAACGGUCAGCUUCAACCGCCGGAACCGGCCUCAGAUAUCAAGUUGAUCCAAUUACAACCACCCGUGGCCACAAACCGUCCUUUGGACAGCAUGCAGUCAACCGACGACAGACUGUUGGAUGAAGUGUCAACAUCUGACAGUUUGCUACUACCGCCACCACCUCAGCCACCAACAGCCAUCAGUGCAAGUCUCUCGGAAGAACAACAGCUUCGGCUGAAAACCGAACAAUUAUCCUAAUCUACGAAACAUUCAAUUUUUAGCCUGUGUGAUAUUAAACUACUGUAAAUAAAUCAUUCAACUCUU